CCAGUGCGGGGACCUGGUCUUCGCCAAGAUGAAGGGCUACCCGCACUGGCCCGCCCGGAUUGACGAGAUGCCGGAGUCGGCCGUCAAAUCGGCUUCCAACAAAUACCAAGUCUUCUUCUUUGGGACUCAUGAAACGGCAUUCCUGGGACCCAAAGACCUCUUCCCGUACGAGGAGUGCAAGGCCAAGUUUGGCAAGGCCAACAAGCGGAAAGGCUUCAGCGAAGGCCUCUGGGAGAUUGAGAACAACCCCACCGUCAAGGCCUCGGGAUACCAGCCCACCCAGAAGAAGGCCUCUGCCACGGAAGAUGCCAAGGGCGAGCGGGAGAGUGGCAAGAAAGGCAGCCCCGAGGGUAGCAGCGACGAGGAGGGCAACCUGGUGAUCGAUGAGCAGUCCAAGGAGAAGAACGAGAAGGCAGCCGGGAAUAAAAGGAAAGCAGAAGGCACCCUGGAGGACUCCUCCCCCAAGCGCCUCAAGGAAGCCGAGGGCCAGGAGGAUGCUGGCGAGGAGAAGGCCAGUGGGGAAGAUGCCCCCAAGGAGGCGGGCGAGAAGCAAAAGCCCAGCCUCCCGGAAGGAGAACCGGAGAAGAAUAGCAGCGGGAGCGGCAACCCCUCCGAGAAGCCCAAAGCCGAGGAUGAGGGGAAGGACAAAACCACCACUGAGGAAGAGGAGGAAGAGGACGAAGAGGAUGAGGAGGAAGAGGAAGAAAGCAGAGAUCACAAGGAGAGCCUGUAACUGGCCAGUCCGGCCUGUUUCGUUGGACCUGAUCCGGACCUGCUGGUUUCCCUGGGUGCUAAGAGCCGGAUUUUUUUGCCGCCCUUGGCUUGCCGUCUCUGCCACUUCGGAGGGAAGGGGAAGACCCGCGGUCGAGGCACCAACGUUUCUACAGAAGCAAACGGAAAUUUGUCCCACCUGCCCAGCCAGCCAACCUGCGUCUCCCCCUCCCCGGCUGGCCCUUCGGCCGGUCCUGCGCUUUGAGUUAGUUCCUUUCCAAGGUUGGGAGUGCUCAGCAGCCACUUUGAAAUAAAAGCAGUUGAAUGCCUUUUUCAAAAAAAUUCCAAAAA